AUGAUUGAAGCAGCGGCCCAACUUGAAGAAAUGGCACAGAAUGCUUUGAAGACAUCGAUUGACACGAUUAUCAAGGACUCGUCAAAGAAGAACAAUACGUGCACCUUGGAAAACUUGCGAGUUCGUCGCAAUUGGAGAGCGUUUACUUCUGCCGAGAAGAAGUCUUAUAUCAAAUCGGUUCUCUGCUUGACCAAAGCACGGUCUAUCACGCCGAGUCAUUUGGCCCCUGGAGCCAGAUCACGAUUCGAUGACUUUGUCGCCACUCACAUCAGUCAAGCGUAUCACGUCCAUCGCGAUGGUCUGUUUCUCGCAUGGCAUCGAUAUUUCAUCUAUGAAUACGAACAAGCCCUCCGCAAUGAAUGCAACUACACAGGAGAUUACCCAUACUGGAACUGGGCCGCAGACGCCGACAACCUAGAGAAAUCCAGCUUAUUCGACGGGACUGAAACCUCCCUCUCAGGAAACGGCGCCCACAUCCUCAACGAAGCCCCCAUCGGAGCCCGAAUCCCAGGCCCCUACCCACCCCUCUGGCUUCCACCAGGAACGGGAGGCGGCUGCGUAACAAGCGGCCCCUUCCAACACCUGACCGUCAACUUAGGCCCCUCCUACCUCGCCGUGCCAGGCGACAACAUAACCCGAAUGUCAAACCCACUAGACUACAACCCGCGCUGUCUAAAACGGGAUCUAACAACUGCCAUCCUGCAGCUGUAUGUGAACUACACCUCGAUCGUGGAUCUGAUCACACAGAGCGAAAUAGUCUGGGACUUGCAGGAUAAAAUGCAGGGCCAGCGUGAUACUCCUGGGUUACAUGGUGGGGGACAUUUCGCCAUGGGUGGGGAUCCGGGACGGGAUGCGGAUGCUAGUGCGGGGGAUCCGGCAUUUUAUCAUCAUCAUGGGAUGGUGGAUCGGAUUUGGUGGAUUUGGCAGAAAAUGGAUUUGAAGAGGCAGGAUGAGAUCUCUGGGACGAGUACUUUGAUGGAUACGCCUGCGUCUGCCAAUGUGACUUUGGAUUACUUUCUGAAUGUUGGUUAUGCGAAUGGGAAUCGGGGACCAGUGGUUUUGAGGGAUUUGAUGAGUACGACGGCUGGUCCGUUUUGUUAUGUUUAUCUUUGA